AUGGAGUGCAAAACGCAAUUUUAUUCCCUUAUAAGGAAGUUCUUGAGCUUGGCGGCGCUGUCUCGCGCGCUCUCCGCACCCCUGCUGCUGACCCUGCUGCACACCAAUGACCAUCACUCCCACCUGGAGGCGAACACCGUGGAGUUUGCGUCCAGCAACGUUGCCGGCCUCUCCACACAGGCGGCUGCAAACAACAUCAACGUUGCCCUGGGCGGCUAUCCGAGGGUGGUGUCGGGCUACGCGCACCUGAAGCAGCAGGCUGAGCAGGCUGGACGUUCUGUGCUGAAGCUCCAUGCCGGCGACGCCGUCACAGGCACCUCCUACUACUCCCUGUUUAAGGGCAUGGCUGAUGCCAAGAUGAUGUCCCUGGUGUGCUUCGAUGCCUUCACACCAGGAAACCACGAGUUCGAUGAUGGCGACCAGGCCCUGGCAAACUUCAUCGAGGAGCUCCAGACCGUCAACGCCUCCUGUGCCACGCCGGUGGUGGCCGCGAACAUCGUCCCUGCGGCCGCGUCUCCGCUGCAGGGGAAGCUCAACAAGUCCGUGGUGUUCUCCCUCGGGGGUGAGCAGGUGGGCGUGGUGGGCGUCGACAUCCGCAACAAGACCUUGCUGUCUUCUUCGCCCAGCCCCGGGACAACCCUCACUGAUGAGCGUGCGGCGGCACAGGCGGAGAUCGACGUGCUGCUCGGCCAGGGCGUGAACAAGAUCGUGUUAGUCACGCACAUGGGUUACAACAAUGACCUGUCCCUGAUGGCCUCCCUGCGUGGAGUGGAUGUGGUGAUUGGCGGCGACUCGCACAGCCUGUUGGGCAAUAACGUGACCCGCGACGUCGUGGGCUUCAGCACCGUCCAGGGCGAGUAUGCCACGGUGAUGAGCAAUGCGGGCGGGAAGGCCGUGUGCGUGGUGCAGGCCUGGGAGUACAACAAGGCCAUCGGGGAGCUGGAGGUGGACUUCGACGCCAGCGGCGACGUCACCCGCUGCGGCGGCAUGCCCCGCUUCCCCUACGACGCCGCCGCGAUCCAGUCGGGGAGGAGGCGCUCGAGUGCGGCCUACACCAUCAAUGCCACCGACACCGCCAGCGUGGUGAGCUACCUGGACGCCCUGGGCCAGUUCAUGGCGGUCUCGGAAGAUGGUUUGGCAGUCUCAGAGCUGUCCAUGUAUCAGGCCCAGGUGAUGGCCUUGAAGCAGGAGACCAUCGCUUAUGUGCCAGAGAAGAUCUGCUACGACCGCUUCCCUGGCCAGGGUCGAAGCACUUUGUGCUCCAGCGCCGCGACUUUGCCACAGGGCGGCGCGGCCUGCCAGCUGGUGUCCCAGGCCUUCCUCGCCGUCACCAAGGCUGCUCAUGUGGCCAUCCAGAACGGCGGGGGGUGCCGCACGGACAUCGCCGCGGGCAACUUCAGCCACGACGACGCCUACACCAUGCUGCCCUUCUCCAACAUGCUGGUGACCCUGGACAUGACAGGUGCGCAGCUACAGGCAGUCCUGGAGGACGCCCUGGAUUUUGGCCUCUCAGACUCGUCGGGUGCUUACCCCUAUGCUGCCGGCCUCCGCUUCGACGUAGCUGCCAACGAGACGAAGGGCAGCCGCAUCAGUAACCUGGAAGUGCGGCCGCGCCUCACCGGCAGCUGGAUGCCCAUCAGCAGCGGUGCAACCUACGUGGUGGUCACCAACAGCUACAUCGCUGGCGGCCAGGAUGGUUACACUACCUUCACGGCGGCUUCGAGCCUGAAGAAUUCCUACAUCGAGUAUGCUGAGGGCCUGGUCAGGUACAGCCAGGAGGUGGGGACGCUUACAGAGCCUCCGAAGCAGGACUUCUCCACACAGGGCUACAUCGACUCCGAGGGCGUGGUCCACGGCAGCUCCGGAUUGCAAUGGCUCUCCGGGUUUUAG